CGCCACGCACUGAUGAAACGACCGCAGCGGGCCGGGAUAAAUACUGCCUGCCCUCUGCAAGGAGGUAACUGCAGCGACUGACGGCGCUGGGGCCCUCUGGCUUCAAAAGGAAAUGGUAGAGGGAAGACUUAAUAAGGACUUCGCGAUUUAUAAUGGAAAUAUUUCCAUUAUCACAGUUCAUCCAUCACCAUCAUGUGCUUUCAUUGCAGAUUAAGGAUGUAGAAGUCCUCAACUGUGAGUAUGGCAAGAACACCAUUAAGUUCCUUCGUGUUAAAAGAGAAGGGAAGAAGCACUUCAUUAAAGAAGUAGAAGUGUGCACACAUCUCCGGCUGACCUCUGCCCGGGAGUACCUGGAGGCAGACAACUCUGCUGUGAUACCCACAGACACCAUAAAGAAUAUUGUCUUUGUGUUGGCCAAAAAAAAUGGGAUCCAAACUAUAGAACAAUUUGCUGUUGAUAUCUGCAAACACUUCAUGACAACAUUUUCCCAAGUGGCAUAUGUCAAAACCUAUGUUCAAGAAGUACCAUGGCAACGUCUACACGAGAAUGGCGUUCCUCAUAUCCAUUCAUUUAUAUGUGUUCCUGAUGGGAUUCGCUUUUGUGAAGCUGAGCAGUGUCGAAAUGGUCCUCUGGUUGUUUUUGCUGGAAUUAAAGAUCUGAAACUUUUGAAGACAACACAGUCCGGAUUCGAAGGCUUCUAUAAGAAUGAACACACCACACUUCCUGAAAGGAACGACAGGAUUUUAUGUGCAGAGCUCUUCUGCAAAUGGUCAUAUGGCGAAUGCAGAGAUUUUGACUUUGAUUGCAUAUGGAACAAAGUCCGGGAGUGUGUCCUUGAGGCGUUCGCUGGCCCACCUGACUGUGGGGAGUAUUCGGCCUCUUACCAGAGGACUGUCAACUGUAUCCAGAUGCUCAUCCUUUCUAAAGUGUCACAGGUACAAGUCAUUGAAGUCAUCUUGAACAACGUCUUUUACAAUGUUCAAGACAUGAAGAAUCUAGGCUUGACCAAUGACAAAGAAGUUCUGGUUCCAGUGGAAACUCCCUAUGGCUCCUGCACUUGCACACUUGGCAGAAAGAAGUUCUUGGAAGCACAAGGCUAAGUGCUAGAAGAUGAGAAGUAAAGUCAGUUUGGAGUGGCAGCUGCCCAGGGAACAAAUUAAAUCUCUUGGCUCCACUUACAUAUUCCUGAUAAACUUACCGUACAGUUUUCCUAUCAACGUAUACUCAGUAUUGGCCUCUUUAGCUGCUGACUCCUUUUGCCUCUAUGAACUCCUGAGGCUGGGAUUUCCAAAGAAGUCUUAGGAAUUCAAAUAUCAAAGUCUCUCCCUGAAUCUCAGUGUGAUUUGCAGAUGGAACUCCCUUAGGCUCUUUUGAAAAUCCCAGCUGGAAACAUUCUAGUCAAUUAAUUUUUAAACCAGUUAUUCCCAUAUUAAUGAAACAGUCAAUGAAUUUCAUAAUGUCUAUAACAUGCUUUUGACAUGCAAAAUGAUCAAUUCUGAGUAUUCUGUUUAUUAAUCUUCCUUCACUAAAAUUAAUAUACAGGCAUAAGAUCAGACAUUUCAUUAACGUACCCUGUCAUGAUACCUUGAUGCCAUGCUGAUCUACAGAGCUGAGGUCCUGAUGCAAUAACUGAAUGGAGAUUCAGUCAGACACUUCUUGCUUUGUGAAUUAUAAAGAAAAUUAUUAUAUUUCCUUUGCAGUGUGAAUAGUUACAGCUGUUGACUAAUUUUCCUGCAAGUGUUCUGAUUACAUGUCUGUUGGUGCUGUUCAUCAGAUUAUCCAGUUACCAUACAACUACCCUCACGUUAACCUCUGAGGUGUUUGAGGUUUUGGGCUAUCUCUGUAGUUUAAUGAAGUAGUUUUCUUUAGUCUAAUAAUCUUGUCAUGACUUCUGCGCAGGCACGAAUCAACCUAAGUAAUCCCACUACUUUUGGGAGGGGCAGGAAGAUAGAUGGUUGAUGUCUAUCUUAUUUUCAGUGAGUUUAGUUACCCCAGGUGAUAGCUUUGAGCAGAGAUAUUGAAUUAUUAUUAUAAUAUACAAGCAAUUCUCUUGUCUCACAAACUGUAGCUUCUGCAUUUGCAACAGAAAUCCCGCUUAACUUCUGACAGCUUCUGACUGCUACUUUCAGUUUCUGAGCAUGUCAUUUUCGGAGAACUUUGUGACACAAGAGUGUAAAUCCAAUGGGAAGCGCUCAAAGUUACUUCUGAAAACAGCAACUCAGUUUCCUUUGUGACUCCUCAGUUUAGGCAGGCCUACAAAACUCCUCUGGGAAUGAUCGUUAAAUUCACAGGCACUGAAAAUGAGUAACACAUCCUGCACUUUGCAAGAUAGGAACUCUUCUUGCCUUGGUCAGCAGGACAUAACAAACAUGAAGACAAGAUGCUAUUAUUCAUGAGCCUGAAGUAUCUCCUUAAAAACAAAAGGACAAAUGAUCUGUCCCAGAUACACUGUUCCUUGGUCACGUGUUGAUUCAAAAAGCUUGAUUUAUAACACUUUCUGCUUUGUCUGGGGACACUCUUUCUUACCUUGUUAGAAUUGUGUUGUAUUGUAUUUGCAGGUUUAUGUCUUACUAUUUCUGUUUUUUCUAGGAGCUUGUAUUUUAUUAAUGGAUCUUUUAAGGGCAAAUAAAGAGCAACAUCAAAAAACAAA